AUGUUCAUAGUGGCAGGAGCACUGGUGGCAGCAGUAAGGGAUUUCUCAUUCGAGGCCUACGGCUACUCGAUUGCUCCCCUGGCAAACCUCGCCACCGCUCUGUACCUCUCUUCUUCUCCCCCUUAUCCGCAGUGCAGUGUGGCAGUCAUAGUGGCAGGAGCACUGGUGGCCGCCGUAAGGGACUUCUCAUUCGAGGCCUACGGCUACUCAGUCGUUCUCCUGUCAAACCUCACCACCGCUCUGUACCUCACUCUUAUUGCGAGGCUGGGCAAGUCCACUGGGCUCAACAGCUUCGGCCUCAUGUGGUCCAAUGGCAUCAACUGCAUACCCGCGCUGCUCCUCUGGACGUUCGUCUCGGGGGAGAUUCAACGGGCGCUAGCGUUCCCUGCGCUGCUUGACCCUGCUUUCCUGGUGGUGCUGUCAAUGUCGUGUCUCAUGGCCUUUGCACUCAACUACACGGUGUUUCUCAACACCUCUCUCAACUCGGCCCUCACUCAAAACAUGUGCGGCAAUCUCAAGGAUUUAGGAACGGUUGGGAUCGGUUGGGCUCUCUUUGGAGGCCUGCCAUUUGAUGUGGUGAGUGGCAGGCAAGGGUGA